GAUCUGUUUCAGGUUGGUCUUGUGGUGAACAAAGGCCAGGACCAUGUCUGUCCUCACUGCCAGGGCUGCAGACAACCCCAAGGUGGUCGGCAAGAUGGGCUUUGAGUUCCAGCAGAACGCACCGUCUGACAAUGACUCGGGCUGCUCUCUGGAGGAAUACGCCUGGGUCCCACCGGGACUCAAGCCCGAGCAGGUUCACCAGUAUUUCCGCUGUUUACCGGAGGAGAACAUUCCGUACGUCAACAGCAUUGGGGAGAAAUUCCGCAUCAAACAGCUCCUGUACCAGCUGCCGCCACACGACAAUGACGAGAAGUACUGCCAGUCUCUGGGUGAAGAGGAGAAGAUGGAACUGCGACUGUUCAGCGGGCAGCGCAAGAGAGAGGCCCUGGGCCGAGGAAUCGUCCAAGUCUUCCCGCUGACCGCGUCCGGAGCGCUGUGCGAGAAGUGCGGCCUGGCCAUGAGCGGCGGUGACGUGGGCAUCUUUGCCCAGCGGGCGGGCGGAGGCACCUGCUGGCACCCGCACUGCUUCAGCUGCCACACCUGCCAGCACCUCCUGGUCGACCUCAUCUACUUCCACCAGCACGGCAAAGUCUACUGCGGCCGGCACCACGCCGACCUCUUCAAGCCGCGCUGCGCCUCGUGUGACCAGCUGAUCCUGUCUGAGGAGUGCACGGAGGCAGAGGGCAGGUACUGGCACAUCGACCACUUCAGCUGCACCGAGUGCGAGACGGUUCUCGGCGGCCAGAGGUACAUCAUGAAGGAGGGACAGCCCUACUGUUGCGGAUGCUUCGAGAUGCUGUACGCCGAGUACUGCCAGAGCUGCCGAGAGAUCAUCAGUAUAGAUUAUGGGCAGAUUACAUUUAGCGGCCAACAUUGGCACGCCAACAUCAGCUGCUUCUCGUGUGCUCAAUGCAAGAAGCCGCUACUGGGUUGCGACUUCAACUACAGACACGGUCGCAUCUUCUGCUCCACCGCCUGCAGCCAGAUGGAAGAAGCCGCCGCCUCCGAUUCCUCCGACUCCGCCGUCCUGUCCACUCAGUCUCAAGAAUCGAGCGGCACCUUCGGCCCCCCGGAUGACCAGCCGACCGGCGGUCCCACCCCCGACAGCCCCCGCCGCGGCCGAUCCACGGAGCCCAACGCCGACCGUCGGGUGCGUGGCGUGGACCUCCUGGUGGUCGCCGCCGCCCAGACACCUCCUGGCGGCCAAGACCCGGUGGCGACGCACGGCGACCGAUACGAGAGUCGCGUCCAGAUCCAGCGCUGGCAGGCGGGGCCGGGGGGACGGGCGGACUCUCGGACGGAGGCGGCGCGCGCGGGCUGCUUCCCGGAAGACCCGCCGCCGGUCGGAAUCUUCGACCGCCGUCAGGAUCCUUCGAACGGCAACGCUACCUCAGCAACGCCGUACAACCUCAAUUGGCUUCAAGGCGGUGUUGGGAUUGCCGCGAAAGUCACGGACAACCACACCGAGGUGAGCCAGGGACCGGGGGCCUGGUCUGGUGAGGGGCACGUGUUGGAGCAGGCAGGAGAGACGGAACCCUCUCCCCCAGAUCAGACCUCCGCCUUCAGGCACCAGUUGGACACCUACUGUUUGCGGCAGGAAGUGCAGCCAGUUUCGGACGGUUCCAUUAAGGCCGCGUGGACCAAACACAACCGGCGGUUGGAUUGCCAAGGCGGUUCGGGGAACCACACGCCGGAACGGCAGCCAGGGGCGGGAAGUUCACCGCACAGUUCGAGGGGCAGGUCAAUGGGGCAACUCAUCGGCAGAGGCCAACUGGAGACAUCAUCAGCCGCCCAGAGUACAGGAUCCGUGAAUGAACACAAGGCGGCCAAAUCUCUCAGGCCUUCCGACCGGGAGCCCGGGAUGGAACCGGGAGUGCAGGCCAGCGCGGGAAUUCUCAAGCCUUUCUCCCGGAGGGGAGGAUGCAGUGAGGGAGGAGCGAAGCUCGAGGGAGAUUGGCAACGGAGGAGGUUUGGCGGGCAGGAGGAGUCUCCGCUGGGCCGAGUGGCCACCCACACCAGACCCCAGAAGAUCACCUUCUGCGACACGGUGGUCUCCAAGCCGGCGGAGGGGUCCCGCUGGCACCAGCUGCCCAUGAGUGAACAAACGCGGCGCAAGGUGUACCGGCACCGGCGAGACCCCCAGCCGCGGGGGAAGGUCCACAGGUCGUGUUCCGACGAAGCCCUCCACACCAUCUCCGAGGGUCCCGGCCAACGCCGUCUAGACCGGGCCGAGCCCACGCACGGACACGGGCAGAGGAGGGGCGAGGUUUGGCAGAGCGCCGCCUCGCCCCGGGGUACGGUAGCGUCUGGCUGCGGUGAUGAGCCGGCGUGCUGCUCCUCCUCCUCCUGCUCCUCCACUUCGUCCUCAUCCUCCUCGGAGUCGGAAGAGGACGGGUACUUCCUCGGGCAGCCCAUCCCGCGGCCCGUUGCCGGCAGCGUCCGGCGCUACGCCAGAGAGCCGCGCAGACCGACGGUCCCCGCAGCCAGCGCCACGCCCGCAUCGAGGGGCAAGGCCGAGAGGAAGAGGGAGGGCAGGAACAAAAACUGUACCAUCGCCUAAAAACUGUACCACCCCCCGGGACAGCUGUGCGUAAAGUGCAGGAAGGAACUGCAGAUGCUGGUUUACUCCGAACAUACGCCACAAAGUGCUGGAGUAACUCAGCGGGACAGGCACCAUCUCCGGAGAAAAGGAACGGGUUGAGACCCUUCUUGAAA